AUGUUAUAUUCUAAUCAGGGAAAGAAAAGUAGUUGAUGUACCGGUGUUGAGUGUUAUAUAUGUUUUAGUGGAGUUGCUCAGGGAUAGGGAGUUUCAGACAAGCAAAAGGACAUAUGGAGGAAGGGUUUCAUCUGUCACCCGAUACCUGAGUCAAGGAAAGUGGCUUCCUGACUAAGCUGUCCUGUGAUAAUUAUCUCGUCUGCUUGUCACGACUUUGGUUAGUGACACCCUGUACGCAACUCAAAGAUAUAGUGACUAUGCUCCGAACACUGCCUGGAUCAAGCAUGUGGAGAGGUUUAAAGAGGAUGCUUGCACCAAAUGCUCUCAGUAUGAGGAAAUAUGACUUAUUUUGCACUACAAUGAAAGAUCAGCCACAAGAUAAUGAAGUAUCCAUCCCUAUACAAGAGGCAAGAAUAUCCAGUAGCAGUGACAAUAAUGUACAUUCUAAUGAUAGUGAGCAUAGUAACAGAGAUGGAAGAACAACUUAUAAUGAGGAGGAAGUUGCUAAAUUUCGCACAAUGGCUGAUUCUUGGUGGGAUCCGCAUGGUGAUUGUAAACCUUUACACUCUCUUAACAAGUUAAGAGUAGCACUUGUUCGAGAAGGUUUGAUAAAUAACCAGGUAACCACACGAGAGCAUAUUAGUGGACCCAGACCACUGACAGGACUUAAAAUACUUGAUGUUGGUUGUGGUGGAGGAAUUCUGUGUGAGCCUCUUGCAAGGCUGGGAGCAACUGUAACAGGUUUGGAUGCAGCCCAAGAGAGCACAACUGUAGCCAGGCUACAUGCAGAUCAGGACUCCAGAGUAAAGGAGAAUGUUGUAUACAUACAUGGAACAAUAGAACAGCAUAUACAGGAAAUUAAUUGCAAGUAUGAUGCAGUUGUGGCCUCUGAAGUCCUGGAACAUGUGGAUGAUACAGAAUUAUUCAUUUGCACAUGUGCUGAUGCCAUUAGGCCAGGAGGAUCACUGUUUUUAACAACUAUCAACAAAACAACAUGUUCCUGGCUGGGGGCCAUUGCCAUUGCUGAGCACAUGCUACACCUCCUUCCUCCUGGAACACAUGACUGGAACAAGUUCAUCCCUCAGCAGGAGCUCCUUUUUCUGCUUGAAAGAAAUGGAUUUGUAACCAGAACUGUUCAUGGGAUGAGAUACAACCCUUUGAUCAAUGAGUGGUUCUGGCACUCAAAUAUAUCAAUAAACUAUGCAGUACAUGCUAUAAAAGAAUGUAGCUGUAUGUAAUUUUGUAGAGUUCUGAUAGAAUUGAUGUAAGUAAAAUAAUACAUUGUUAUCAAGCUUU